AUGGUUGCUUCGCCUAAGGGUGCUAUUAUGAAUAGAGACCAAACUCAUCCCUCAACAAAUAUAGCCGAAAAUGACGAUGAUUUAUGGAUGAGCGAUGACGUUUCAUUUUCUAAUUAUCCUAGAGAACCUCCUAGUCUCGCUUAUAAUUUUGUACCUCCUCUUUCUGAAUCUUCCUACCAUCCAUCAAUACCCCCUUCUCUACCUAGAAGUAGCACUGUACAAAGUCAACGCCAAAUUACAAAGAGGAAAGAACAAGAUAAUGGUGAUGAACCAAAAAGAAUAAAAAUAAUUAAGAAAAUUAAAAAAUCAAAAAUUCCGGUUAAAAAGAAACAAAAGAAAAAAGUAACAGUGAGCCGUCCUUUACCCUCAACAUCGGCUGUAGAGUCUAAUAUUACACAAGAUCCCAUACUCGAUGCACAAAAUGCUCCUUUAAGUGAUUCUCCUCCUGUAUCGAUCCAAGCUUCAAAAAGGGACCAGAGAACUUAG